AUGAUGUGAUGGUACGUGGGAUAUUCUGAAUUUUCUCUCUGGGUUGACAGGCAGGACGUGUCUCUCAAUAUUCUCUAUCUUCUCCUAAAUCAAGGCGGGAGCUUUUUGGUUGUGAUCAGUUGCCUUCUUCUACUAUGAGAAACAUGCUUCGUUUCUGUCUUUGUCCUCUGUCAAUAGCUACACUUGUCGACCGCUAAUUUCAAAUCUUACUUCUCAUGGCUUCUGGGAGUUCAGAGUCUUUGGUGUUUUAUUGCCAAAGUGAAUUUGAAUCCUACCUGGGUUCCCAGCUCGGAGCUUUGGAUAUUUUUUAAUAAUGGAAUCUUAGGCUUUUGAUGCAUCGAGGUUGAAAUGAAUAUCCAUCAGGACAGAAAAGCCACCAAGGUAGAGAAACAGCUUCCGGGAUGCUUGGGAAUAAUGGUGAACCUUUUCGAUGUUAGCGCCGGAUUGACUGGAAAUAAGCUGCUCACAGAUAAACCACAUCAUGAUGGUUCUGCCAUCUCUAGGAGCUUAUCAGAUGUGGCAGUUAUGGUGGAUCUCCUCAACAGGGAUCAGGUAGAGGAUAAAAAGACCAUGUCAGACUUACAGAGAAGUUCGUCAAAUAAAAGGUCCAACGUAACGCCAAUAAAGAUGCUUAUAGCGCAAGAAAUGUCGAAGGAAGCCGAUGUUCAUCAGAGUCCACCUAAUUUGGUUGCCAAGUUGAUGGGGCUCGAGGCCAUUCCAAUGCAGUUGCCCAAGUCAAUCACUCAAAGAAGCCAGUUGAAAAGUUUACAGCAAAGUAGAAGUUUGAGCCAUUCAGGAAGGAGGGCUGACUAUUCACAUCAUGGACGUAGCUUCUCGGAUGAUCGAAUGCAGCAUCAGUUUGAUGAGUAUCGAGAGUACAGUGAUUAUAAGGAUGUUUACGAUAUAUGGCAGCAAUCUCAAAAGAGCAGCCUUAAGAAAGAGAAGUUGCCGGGAAAGGGAAGGCACCUUGACACUGUAAAUGAGAAGAAGAUGGCUCUUGUUCGGGAGAAGUUCAUGGAAGCAAAGCGCUUGGCUCCAGAUCAAAAGCUUAGGCAGUCCAAAGAAUUCCAGGAUGCAGUAGAAGUGCUCAGCUCUAACAGAGAUUUAUUUCUUAAAUUCCUCCAAGAACCCAAUUCUCUGUUCUCGAAGCCUAUGCAUGAAUUUCAUUCUAUUCCUUCACCUCCCGAGACGAAGCGCAUUACGAUUCUCAAACCUACGAAGAUGGUUGACGACGACAAGUUGUCUGCAAUGUGGAAGAAGAGUGAAAAUCUGGCUAAGAUGCCAUCUCAGGUUGCCCAAGGGACAGGAUGGGAUCGAACUAUCUCGGGAUAUACUUCUCCUUAUGCCUGUCAGGAAGUUGAUGAUUAUUCUUCUCAACCGACUCGAAUAGUGGUACUGAAACCUGGUCAUGGGAAGAACCAUGACAUCAAGUCUCCAGUCCCACCCCCUUCUGUCUCACCUGGGACACUGCAUGGUGAUAAUUUUUUUGAAGAAGAUGAAGACAAUGAGAUUGAAGAGACGAGAGAAGUGGCAAAAGAGAUUACUCGUCAGAUGCGUGAAAAUCUAACGGGUCACAGGAGAGAUGAAACUCUGGUAUCUUCAGUCUAUUCUAAUGGCUACAUUGGAGAUGACAGUUCCUUUAACAGAUCAGAAAAUGAGUACUUGGAUGGGAAUCUCAGCGAUUCAGAAGUAGUUUCGCCGACUUCAAGACAUUCAUGGGACUUCAUCAACAGGAUUGGCAGCCCUUGCUCAGCAUCCUCCUUUAGCCGAGCCUCUUAUUCUCCAGAAUCAUCAGUUUGCAGAGAGGCGAAAAAGAGGCUUUCUGAGAGGUGGGCUCUUAUGGCAUCCAAUCUAAAUUCUAUAGAGCAAAGACAUGCUCAAAAAAGCUCCAGUACAUUGGGCGAGAUGCUUGCACUAUCAGACGCUAGGAAGUCAGUCGCCCAAGAGGAAAAUGGAGAUAGCAAUAAGGAUCAAGAAUCAGCACGACCAAGUUCAUCCCUAACAAAUAGUUUGAACAACGAAGAAGCUCGUGUGGACACACCAAAAAAUCUUUCAAGGUCAAAGUCUGUUCCUGUAUCUUCAACAGUUUACGACGAUCGGCCGAAUGUUCAAGUUGCGGAGCCCGACAGCAGUAAAUCUGGGGAACUCCCGCAGAAGGUGGCGGGAAAGUCAUCAAAAUGGAAGGUCUCGAGUUUAUUUUUCUCGAGGAGCAGAAAGUCAAGCAAGGAUAAGACCUGUCAGUCCAGAGACGAGUCUCAGUCCGCUACUGCUGAGACUCCAUGCACUUCUGAAUGUCCUCACGAAAAGGCAGGGCCAGCCACAUCAAAUUUUGCAGGGGGAAAUUUGAACGAGAACCACGAACAACCUAGUCCUGUAUCAGUUCUGGACCGGUCAUUUGAACAGGAUGAGAAGAUAACUUCAGAAAUCUCGGGAAAACAAGUGUCGUCGCAGUUGCUUAAGUCGAACUUGAUCGAUAAAUCGCCUCCAAUAGGAUCUCUCGCUCGGACCCUCUCGUGGGAUGAGUCAUACUCAGAAACUGGCUCCCCAUAUUCACUCAGAACCCGAACUACCCACCUAGGCCUGGAAGAGGAAGAAGAGGAUGAGCAGGAUUGGCUCCUCUUCGUCCGAACCCUCCUAUCAGCAGCAAGCUUCGAAGGCGACGACCCAUCAGACUCAUCCAUUCUGAACUGGCACUCGCCCGAGAGCCCAUUGGACCCAUCCCUGAGGGAGAAAUAUGCUUCCCUGGACGAUAAGGUCCCUCUGCCCGAGGCCAGGCGGAGGCAGAGGCGGUCGAGCAGGAAGCUCGCGUUCGACUGCGUGAACGCCGCAGUCGUCGAGAUGAUCACAGGCAGUGGAGGAGCCCAAGAGGGGCCGAUAAGCGCGGAGCGGGUGUGGGCCCAGAUGAAGGGUUGGUUCACGAAGGGGGCGGGGGAGGAGGGCGGCGGGGACAGCCUGGUGGUGGAGAGUGUGGUGAGGAACGAGGUGGUUGGGAGGUGGUGGGUGGAGAAUCUGAGGGUGGAAGUGGACAAACUGGGGCUGGAGAUUGAAGGGAAGCUGCUUCACGAGCUGGUCGAUGAGGCUGUUUCUGAUUUGUCGUCAGGUACAGCCUUUAGCUUGUGAUUUAAUAAUUUAAUUUAAUUAUCAUAAUUAAGGCCAUUUAAUUUUUCUUUUAUUUGAUCUCUUCUCCCUCCACGUAUAAAUAUAAAAUAUAUAAAUAUAUCAUUUCAUAACUCUCUUAUCAUUAAUUUAAUUAGCUUUUGCAGUGUUUUGGUUAGUACAUUGGUCCUACCCUUUUAAUUUGUUCAUCAUUAUUAAUAU